AUGAAAGAAUUCAUGGAGAAGUCGUUAACACAAAUGUGCCAACAGCUUACCAAUGUUGUCGAUGAUCGGCUUGCUCACUUGAAGAGAGAAUUGUCUGCUGAUAAUUCAGCGACGCUAGAAACCUUCGCGAACAAGAAGGCUCGCUUAGAGAAACCUCAAUUUAAGUCAAAGGGCAAUGAGCCGCAAUGUAAUCACCAGCUUGGUGUGCUGGACACAGUGGAAAGUGCUACCACAGCUCUCGAGCAUCAAGAUAUCGAUAAAGCUAUCAGCUUCCUACAAGAAGGUAAAGUAGCCAUAGAAGCAAGAAUGAAGCUUAUCAAAUUAGCUGAUACGAGCGACCAUGGUUGGCAAACCGUAGCUGAAUAUAUGACUAACGAGCUAGCCGAUAAUUCAGAUGACGAGAAACGGAUCGACCGCGCAGAGAAAACUGCUGAAAAGAAGGCGAAGAAAGCCAAGGCAUCCAAAACAUCAAAGUCUCGGCCGUUUCAGGGCUAUCCAAACCGUAUUCCAUAUCGUAAUUCUAUGGCCUCACGUCGACCAGUGUUCCCUGACCACAAUGGUCCAAGCGGGAAUGCAAUUGGGCCUUGUUAUAAGUUAAGUGUUGCAUCCAUGUAUAUAGCAUUGUGUUUUGCUUUAGAGUCACAACACUAUAGGUCGACAGCUGUCAUACGACUGCUUUGUUCUUACCUCGAGCGUUUAAGCAGCAAUAAACACAAAGUGCUUCAAGCAACAUGUUGAUGUGUGUGUGUGUGUUUAUUCGAUAUAAUUAUAUUAGAUGUUUUAAUUAUCUGCGUUACGCAGUUUAGCAGAUAAUUUAUAUCUAAUUGUUUGAUAUGCAGAAUAAUGUUCUGAUAUGAAUACAUAACUAUGUUACAUUGUCAUGCAAUAGUAUAAAAGGCGUAUACACGCCUUGAUUAUUCCUCGCUGCUUACACGUUCUUCAGUCAAACUUAUUUUCUAUUUAUUAUAUUAAUGUUGAUGGUCAUAUAUGUUAUUCUAUUAUUUACAGUGUUUACAGUACCGGUCACCUUCAGCGGAAUUGCAAUAUGUGUCCCCCAAGACCAGCAUCGAGCAGUUGA